AUGACGGAGCCAAAUAAGCUCUCCAGCUUGCUGGAUGGAGCUGAAGCCACAACGGACGCUAACCACAGCUAUACUGCUCAAAAUGCACUGGAAAGUGAAGCAGUAACCCUUAUGGCGAAGUUGGAUCGCGUUGACCUUGCGCAAGAUGUCGAGCAAGUUAUACGGCAAGUCAAUGUUGAUCCGGAGACCCAGGAGGAGGAACUUACUGGUAUCAACUUGCUUGAUUCCGAAUCUCUUCCGUCUACAAAUGAAGACAUCUCUAUUGAUGGAGAAUCGCAAUCAGGACCUGAAUACUUCUUACAAAUUGCCAAAUAUGCACCUUUGCGUUUGACACUGGGUGAACGUAAACUCAUGCGUUUGCUUGAUAGCACUCUUCAUGUUAGUGAGUACACUGACAAGAUCGACAUUUUACACGAGGGUAACAAAUCUCGUAAGAUCCUUCGUGAGAUCAAGGAAGUAUGUGCAAUUCUAAGUGGUUUGGCGGUGGCACACAACUAUGACGAUGGUCAACGGCUAGUACGAGACCGAGAGUAUGCUGCUAAUGCUGAGUUUUUUAGAAACGUCUUCGAAAUUGGUAGACGUUACAAGAUACUAAACCCUGAUAAGAUCAGGAAUUCUUAUGGGAAACUUAUCUAUUUCCUCAUGGACUCACGAAAGCCAGAGAUACAAGAGCUACUGAAUUUCGAUUGUGUUGCACCCGUAAAAACGGUGUUUGGCCUACUUGCUACGAAACGACGUGGUCUUGAGCUACUUCAGGACCCUAAGAUACGUAUAGCUACAAUGGAGAUUUCACCAGAAGGCAAAACUCGUGCCGAUGUUCAGCGUGAAAUCUCCGCUAAAGAAGAGGCUGUGCGGUACCUCACAAACAAAUAUGCACGUAAGAAGGGUUCUGGAAUAAUGGGUAUCGAAUUUUCAUUUUUGACUCGACCAUUUGCUGGCUCUAACGAGGCUCAGGAUGAAGGUGAGAUGACCGCCGACGAGUUGCAGACUUGUCUAUAUUCUCUGUCGGACCACAACUCACACUUGAGAGCUUUCCGUCGCCCUUGUGACAUAAUGAUCGCAUACCUUAAGGAUAACUUUAAUCCAAGCGAAUCCAAUCCGAAAUAUAAUCUGUCUAUUUCCGCAGGAAGUGAAGGGUCAAGGCUUAGUCACGGCCAUGCGCGACAGUUUACCUAUGUCUUGCAAUCGUUAACUUUGUGGCGUGAAAUCGCUCACGACAUGUUUGCUUUAUGGCAUUAUGCGGAAGCGGACUUACUUGACGCUGGUAACCCUUACAGGUUGAGGAAUACCGGUCAGGGUCUCAACCGUGUUCAGGAUGGUCACAAUGUGAUAAACGGUAUGCGUAGGAUUUUACACCGAGUACAGCAGCAGGUUGGAUCUUGGGUUGGAUCUAAUAUGGUUCACCUUGGUGACCACAAUGUGCCCAAUUCAUUUAUGUUCAUCGACAAGUAUACUCAAAUUCCCCGCAUACUCUCACCUAUCGUUUCGUGUAUUGAAAAGAUACCGGAAUUGUAUAAGUCUACAACUGCUAUGAAGACGUAUAUUGACACCCAAUUUGGUGGUCCAAAGCAUCUAAAGAUGCUAAUUUUGACAGACUUCUUUAGACAUGCCUUCGACGGCAGUGGAGCUGACAAUUUCAAUGACGCCGGUAGCUGUAUUGACGGUCGUCUAACUUCGGCAUGGAACUGGUGUUCGAAGAUCGAGAAGAAGAAAUACUUCCCCGUAUUUUUGCUCACCUCUUUCUGUGGUUUUGACGGCAGAUUCGGCGAGGGAUGA